UGUUUUAUCUCUACCCUUUUCUUCUCUACACCGUUGUUGUCCACUCACGCUUCUUCUUUCCUCCAGGCCGAGAAUCGCCGGAACCGGUGGUUCACUUACGCUCACUUCAUCCACCAUUCACAAGCUCGCCGGAGUCACUUGCUCCAGAAGCUCACUCUUCCUCUCACCUCUUGUUAUCAAAUAAGGUAAGAAUUCAGAUGGAGGGUAAGCUUGCUGAAGAGCUUUAUGCUGAGAGUUUAAAAGUCUCAAAAUUAGAAUUAAGUUCAAAUCUGGCUGAUGAUCAAGGUGAUAAAUUAAACGAUUGUGGUGAUGAUUCUUUCUGGGAUGAUUCUGAUGACAAGGUGUCAGAUUUGGACAGGGAGUGGCAAAGGAGGCGUGACCAGUUCCAUACGAGUGGGUAUCGAGAAGGUCUUAUAGCAGCAAAGGAAGCUUCUGCACAAGAGGGAUUCAAUAUUGGUUUUAAACAAUCAGUCUGUGCUGGUUAUAGCUGGGGUGUUGUAAGAGGUGCAUCCAGCGCUUUUGCUAAUCUUCCAGAUCAGUUAAAAGAGAAGUUGGUUGAAACACUAGAAAAGAGAAAUGAAUUUCAAGGGCUGUAUGAAUCAGUGCAAUCUUUGUCGACAACAGAUGCUCUUAGGUUGUUUCACGAAGACUACAAAGCACAAGAAGCUUUGAAACAAAAUGAGCACGGGGAUGUUAGUUCCGACACAGUAAGUUUGCAGCAGCAAACUUCACAUAACUCUCCUCUGAUAAAGUAUCAUGGGCAACUUGAAUCUUUGAUAAGUGAUUCCCCUGCAAUUGACAGUCAUUUACCUGAACCAAAAUAGACGGUGAUACCUUGUAUUGUAUUUAAAACACUUUAGCUUAGAAUGGUAAAGGCUUCUUGUGGAAAAUAUCUUCCAUUUGCAUGAUUAUAAAAACAAGUUAUUGUAAUUGAGUUACAUUUAAAAACUCAUUUUUGGUAAUGAAAGCCAGAUUUUUUAUACAAUCAA